GGUUCAAAUAAGUGAGUAGCGGGUCGCCAUCCCAACCGUCGCACCGCGUCUCACUUCAAUAAUAAAAUCUCGGCCCCCCGGCGAACACGACUUUACAUGAAAAUCAAUUAGACGUUUGCAAACGUUCUCCGAAAUCAACCACAAUAAUUGGCAAAAACGGAUUCGCGAUUGGGGUGAAGGAACGUCCUCAUCUCGCAUAAUCAAAUUUUUGCCGAACCUCGCGCUUUGGUACCGUAGUUUGGUGUGCAGGAAGAGAUUUAACAUGUACUUCAACGAGUCUGUCCUCAUCACCCCUGCGGCUUUUGUCGGUGGUGUCGGGCAGGUGCAACAGAUGCAGGAAAGACUCUUGGGCUGGAACGUGCCACCGGAACAUUCGGAUUUGGUUCACCCUCACUGGAGAGGAUUCCUGGCUCCGGGAAAAUACUGGCACAUUAGUUUAGCCCUGGUCUACUUCAUGCUGAUGAUUAUGUCGGUCGUUGGAAAUGGCUGCGUCGUUUGGAUAUUCACAACAUCAAAGUCACUGAGGACCGCGUCCAACAUGUUCAUCGUGAACCUCGCAUUGUUCGACCUCCUCAUGAUGCUUGAAAUGCCAAUGUUCAUAGCAAACAGCUUCGUCGAACGCAUGAUUGGCUGGCAACUUGGAUGUGACAUAUAUGCAGCCCUGGGCAGCAUCUCGGGAAUCGGUUCAGCAAUCAACAACGCGGCCAUCGCCUUUGACAGAUACAGAACAAUAUCCUGUCCGAUAGACGGCCGACUGAACGGAAAACAGGCUGCAGUCAUUGUGGCUUUCACGUGGUUCUGGUCUAUGCCAUUCUCCAUUCUGCCCAUCGGCAACAUCUGGGGUCGCUACGUUCCAGAGGGUUUCCUGACCACCUGCAGCUUCGAUUUUCUCACUGAAGACCAGGAUACGAAGGUCUUCGUCGCAGCGAUAUUUGUCUGGGCCUACGCUAUUCCCAUUAGCUUGAUCGUCUACUUCUACUCUCAGUUAAUUGGAAGCGUGCGCAGGCACGAGAAGAUGCUCCGUGAUCAGGCUAAGAAAAUGAACGUCAAGUCCCUGGUGUCUAAUCAAGACAAAGACAGAAGCACGGAAAUGCGAAUUGCCAAAGUGGCGUUUACGAUAUUCUUCCUGUUCCUUUGCUCCUGGACUCCAUAUGCUAUUGUGGCCAUGACCGGUGCCUUUGGAAACAGAGAAGCACUGACGCCGUUUUCAACGAUGUUACCAGCUCUAUUUGCAAAAACGGUGUCCUGCAUAGACCCUUGGAUAUACGCGAUCAAUCACCCGAGGUACAGAUUAGAGCUCCAGAAGAGAUGCCAAUGGAUGGGAAUCCAUGAACCAGAACCCACGCAUGACACGGUAUCCGCGACUACGGAGAAACUUAAGACCGAGGACGCUUAAUUGAACAGUUGUUGUUUAGAGGGGUGUAACUGAAGUUCUCCGAUGCAACGGAAAGCUUGUAUUUUCACCAGAAGUACAAGCUUUACGAAUCAUCCACUGUGUUGCACUGGCUACAUUGUAAAUGACAACGAAUUACUGGCUGAAUUUGGACAACUCUUAUAUGGACACGCGAGUACCUUCCUCUGUUGCUGUAGCAUUGUUAUUUGUGAUGCUCAUCGUUACCCUCACCGUUGUAUAAAUUCAAUAAAAGCAAUUUCAAAGGCAA